AUGAGUAAAAGUCCCACGCCACCACCGGAGGUACUGCACAGGGAGCCCGGAGACAGUCCCCGGUGUGCUCCCGAGACCAGGCCUGCAGAAGAUGACUUUGCCGCAUAUUCUGGCGCCGCCAACAACGCCAACAUUGAGCGGCACUAUACCAAGGAGGACGCCGAGUCGCUCGUGGGUGGACAGGAGGUUUCUGUGGGCGAUGGAACGACCGAAAACGGCCACUCCAGCGCGGCACACGGGCACGAGUUUUUUGGGCAGAAGGUGUUUCUGUUCUCGCUUCCUUUUGGCGGGCUCUCUUCGAUUCGGCUGGGGCUCAAGUUGCCGUUUGUGCACAGAGACGAGGACCCCGAAAUCGAGGAUCUCCGGCUCCGCUUGGAACGGCAGCAAUCGGUCACCACGGUGGACGAGGCCCGUUUUUUCUCGUCACAGAAGGGCACGGACGACGUGCGGUUCCGUGCAAUGAAGCAGCUGAUCAAAGAAAACAUCUCGGACUUCUUGCCCGAGUUUAUCGUCAAGAACAAAAAGCCCUACGAGGCAGUUUAUAGCGAGAUCUCGGGUCCCAUCGUGGUGUUGGGCGGGUACCGGGGCCUGAUUCUCCGCGAAACCGCCACGGGCAAGCGUGCGUGGGUGCCCUUAAAGGCAGGGCUCAACUUGCGCAAAAUCAGGCUUCUUUUGGGCCCGCUGCCGGAGGACGAGUUGCGGGCUACCGACCUCAUUUACCCGGACGGCAUCUUGAAGAACAUUGGGCCCUUCGACAUCUGCAAGCGGUUCCUCAAAAAGCUCGACAACGGCAAGACGACCAUCACGGAGUUUGGCUACGACUGGCGGCUCAGCCUCGACAUCACCAGCCCGCAGUUGGUGGACUGUCUAGACAAAAUUUACAAGGACACGGGCAGCAAGCCCAUCGUCAUUGCACAUUCCAUGGGCGGGCUUGUGGCACAUGGCGCCAUGCAGCAGCGGCCCGACUUGUUCCGCGGGCUUGUCUACGUGGGUGUUCCCAGCGAGUGCUUCAAUAUCUUGGGGCCCCUUCGGUACGGCGAUCUGGUGAUGUUCUCCGACCGCAUCUUGACGUUCGAGACCAACUUCAUGAUGCGCUCGUCGUUUGCAUUUCUUCCGAUGUCGGGCCGCGUGUUUUCCAAUGCGGACACGGGCGAGCUGUACGACUUGGACUACUUUGACCCGGAGACCUGGGUGGAGUACAACUUGAACCCGCUUGUUUCGUCUGCACGCAGGGCACACGAGCUGGGGACAAAGGAAGCCAGCCCGGGGCUCACGCUGAUAGAAACCGUGGUGGCCGAACACCAUCCGGUAGAGGAAAUGCUGGCCCUGUCAUCGCCCAUCGGCUCCAUCGGCUCUCGCAUCAAGCAGAUCCAAACGGGCAUCAACCGUAAAGGCAAGAUCACGUUGCUCACCAACCUGCAGAUGCAGAAGCGGCACAAGACCGGGCGGCUCAAUCCGGCUAGCCCGGUUGACGAGCUCAUGGAGGACAAGUUCUCUUUCUCGUUCUCCGAGGCCUACAACUACUUGAGCGACACUUUGGCCCGCGCCAAGAAAUUCCUCAUGGGGCUCGAGUACGACGGCCGUUUGGCGCAGAAAUACCCGCCGCUUGCGGUUGUGUAUGGCGACAAGGUGCCGUCUGUCCGCGGCUCGUAUGUGAAAAGCCGCCAGGACAUCAAGGAUGGAAACUACUAUCAUUUCUACUACGGGCACGGCGACGGCGUGGUGCACCAGAAGUGGUUGAUGCCCGAAAACAAGGGCUUUGAAAUGCACGACCCGGAGACGGGCAAGGGCCACAUCGUGGGCAAGUUUUCUUCAAGUGCAGGCCACGUGAAUUUGAUGAGCGACUUCGAGGCCAUGGCGGGUGCGCUUAGCGCCAUCAUGGUGGCUGAGAAGAACUGGCAUAAGUAG